AUGAAGAUAGGAGAUUUGUAUUUCUCAUUCACAAAUCCAUCUUUGUUUAUGCUGCUAACUCUCAGUUUGAUCCUACUUCUGGUUCAUUUUGUUACUAAAAACGGAGGAGGAACCUCAGUACCAAAUGCUUGGCAAUCCUUGGUAGAGCUUAUUUAUGAUUUCGUGCUGAACAAUGCCAAUAGGGCUCACCGUGCCCAUGUUUGGAUGGGAGGCUUGUGA